UGACUUGUGGACGUCAUGGCACCGGCUACCGACUCCGUUUCAGAUUUGUACGGGUCCUAAAAAUUUUAAGAAAUGUUGCGAAAAAAACAAAUGGCCAUCAGUGCUCCAACCAUGCUGUCUGCAAUGCAAACAAGUUCACAGCCUCCCAUCUCCUCCCUGUUGCCUUCACAGUUGCUUCACGGAGACAAAUUAGCAAUAAAUUUUGUCUGUUGAAUAAUGAAAUAGUUUUUGGUAAAUAAACAGUUGGUGAAAUUUAUGUGUCUACAUAUAUUGUUUCUGGUGAUGUCUAUAUAAGUGUGCCUAUUCACAGCAUUUCUUUUGUGGCACCAUUUUCUUGAUACUUGUACUAGUGGUGUACUAGUGGUUUAGUUGCACGAUGGAGAUGGAGCGAUCAAGAAAUGGUGGUGGCAAGGUGGUCACAUUCGAGGAUGCGAUGAUCGGGCAGCGCCGGAACGGCUCCCGCUCGACGCACCUUGACAUCGGCCGCGACGUCGACGCCGACCGUGUGGCGCGGCCGCUGCCGCCUCUGAGCAUGGGGAGUCGGCGGCGCACGUACGCCGACGGCGAGCUCGACGUGUUCGCCGCCGAGUGGUACUUCAAGGGCGCGAUGGACGGCGACCAGCGCAAUGGGGACGUUGAUGCCGCGGUGGUGGUGCCCGUGGAGGCUGUCGAUGCCAGGCCGGCCGUGGCGGUGGCCAAGCCCGCUGGGACGCGCGCGUCAGAGGCGAGCCUAAGCGCGAGCUCGGCGGCCAGCGCCAACAGCCAGACCGUGCUCCUCCGGGGCGGGCACCGCCGUCACGGCUACCGUGACAAGAAGUGCUGCCUCCAGGUCGGCGUGCUCAUGCGUACAUGCUCUGGGAAGCGCUCGGUGCGCGUCGACGGCGGCGCGGCGAAGGAAGUCCCCGGCACUGGUGAGCCGGCGGCGAGCAAGAUCGAUUGGUACAGAGAGCUGAGGAUGCAGAAGGCUGCCCUUGGGCUCGCAGGAGAUGGCAGCAUCCAUGGAGUGGUGGCUGCUGGUCUCCCGCCAAAUUUAAAUCUUGGCACAGCGAAAGUGGCUGCCAUCGGGAGGGAGAUUAUACGAGAGGACAAGGCGGCCGAGCUCACCUGCUCAAGCUCUAGGAGGAGAAGCUUUACCUUCGUGGCUCCGGUCAGAGCUAACGCGCUGGCGAGCGACCGUGGCGGCGAUGCCAGCGGAGGAGGCAAAGGUGGCGGCGACGACGACGACGACGACGACGGCGUCGGGAGCGAGUCGAGCUCGGACCUGUUUGAGAUCAAGAGCCUCAAGAUCGACGACUGCCCCUACGAGCCCAGCGAGGCAAGCAUCCAGUGGAGCGUGGUGACCGCGAGCGCCGCGGACGCGUCGGAGUGCGGUGACCGCGUCUCAGCCAGAUGGAUCAGCGGCGGCAACAACGGCGGCCGUGGUGGUGGGAGGGGCCCUCCAGUGGCCGGGAGGCAGCAACGGGACCGGCCGGUCGGGAUGCUCGCGGGGUGCGUCAGCCACAGGGCGGUGGACGUGUCGGCGGCGACGGCAGUGUCGAACGCGCCGUCCACCGUAGCGAUGCGGCGGCGCAGUGCGAGUGAAGGAUUCCAGAAGGCACGGAGUGGAGCCUGAUACUUUGUUCCCUUUUUUGCUUGUGUCGAUUCAUACCAUCGUAAUUAUUUACUUCCGCAGUACAAAGGCUAUGAGAUCUAUGUAAAAUAAAAAUAGUACUGUACCUCAUAGUAAAUUGCAUGGUAGGUUCUUCCUUGAAUUUUGUAAAGAGCGUAUAUAUAUAUAUAUAUAUAGACUGGAGAACUCAUGUUCGCGUUGUGUUUGUUUGUCUGUACCAAGUGAUAUAUGAAUGGGAUAAUCUUAGAUCAAGAUGUA